AUGGUACGAAUAACUGUGGAUAUGGUGCGUAAAAAGGCUGAGCAUCAUGAUUGCCUACUAGCCCCACUGGAAGAGAUAGCUUUACAUCAAGAGAACAUCGAAAAAGUAGAAUUUAUACAGGAUUGGUGCCCUAAACUCAAAAUACUGUUAAUGCAAAGUAACCUUAUCGCCAAGAUUGAAAACUUUAACAAGCUGAAACAUCUUGUUUAUUUAAACUUGGCUCUCAACAAUAUCGAAGUCAUUGAAAACUUGGAGAGGUGUGAAUCCUUAGAGAAAUUAGAUCUGACUCUGAAUUUUAUAGGAGAAAUCGUAAGCGUUGAAAGUCUUACAGGUAAUUAUAACUUAUCAAACUUAUACCUGACAGGAAACCCUUGUACUGACUAUGACAAUUACCGAGAUUUCGUAAUAGGUACUUUGCCACAACUGAACUAUCUUGAUGGCAAUGACAUCGACAGGUCUGAAAGAAUCAAAGCAUUGCAGAACCUACCAAUGAUAAGGUCAGACAUACUUUUUGAGCAAGAAAACUAUAGACACAAGAGAGCAAAACAGAAAACCCGCUUGGAAAGAGACAUACAAAGCAAAUGGGAUAAUGAAUACAAAGACUUGGACCCAGAGGAACGAAACAAAAGAUUUUGGGCAGAAAAAUGCGAACACGCCCCUGAAGUGCGCCAUGAAAUAGAAAAAAUGCGUCAGCUGAAACUCAAAAGUUAUGAAACUGAGGAAAAAAAGGAGGAAAAACGAGUGUACAAGUUUUUUGCACCAGACGGUAGGCCAUACAAUAUAAACCAAGCUAAAAUAGACUUUCUAUUCAAUGCCGACGAUCCUGAGAAAUAUAUUUUGGAUUUAGCAGUGUAUAAGUAUAUGGAUUCUAAUCUUGUUGAUGUGGACGUCCAGCCAAACUACGUUAGAGUCAUGAUUAAGGAUAAAAUAUUCCAACUCCAUCUACCGGUCGAGGUCGACACUACUAACUCUACUGCGAAGCGAUCACAGAUCACGGGCCACUUGCUUGUAACGAUUCCGAAAGCUAACGCGGUUAUUAAAAAACCUGUGGACGCCAAAAAAGAAAUAAAAGACGCUCAAGUACACUCUGAUCACAAACCAAAGGAUUGCCAUGAACAUUAUGGUCAAACAAAGAGAGAAUAUUUAGAAAUAGGCCCAGCUGACAAUGUUUUAGAUUUUACUAAAAUGACUCAACCCAGACCUGCGCCUCAAUAUAUUGAUUCCAGAAUGAAAUUAAGUGGAAAGCAACCUUCACCAGACUUUGUUGAUAACCCAGAUGUUCCUGACCUUAUUUAAGAAUUAUUAGAUAAAAACUCUGUCUAGAAGUGGAAUUGGAAACAAAUUGGCAUUUUAGUUUAAAUAUUUUAUUUUAAUAAAGUAAUAGAGCACCAAUUGGAACAGAUUCAUUGCAGGUAAUACA